AUGCGAGAGCUACCCCAGUCGACCAUCAGACUUCUGGGAAGCACUCAAGUGAUCACAUCAAUUUAUAGUGUUGUGAAAGAAUUGCUAGAGAAUUCAAUUGAUGCUGAAUCAACAUCUCUAGAUAUAAAAUUGGAGAAUUUUGGUCUGGAUAAAAUAGAAGUAAGGGACAAUGGUAAUGGAAUACCAAAGGCUGAUGUCCCUUUUGUAGCUAAGCGCUACUACACAUCUAAACUGUCAACAUUCUCUGAUCUUGAGAACCUCAGUACAUAUGGAUUCCGAGGAGAGGCCCUGGGUUCAUUGUGUACAGUAGCUGAUGUUUCUUUGACAACAAGAACAAAAAAUGACGACAUCAGUUUGACUUACACCAUCAGCAGGGAAGGGGAGAUAAUCAGUACCAAGCCAUCACAUCUUGCCAAAGGGACCACGUUAUCAGCAGCUCACCUGUUUAAAAAUCUGCCAGUAAGACGACAGGUGUACAAUAAUGUAAAGAAAAAGAAAGAAGAACUCAAGAAAGUUGAAACUAUAGUGAUGGCCUUUGGACUGAUCUUUCCUAACAUCAGAAUCACACUUCGUCAUAACAAAGACCUAGUUUGGCAGAAAAAUCCUGUUCAGGAUCUACGUUCCUCUGUUGCUGGUAUUCUUGGCAAAAACGUUCUCAACCAAAUGGAAUAUAAAUGUUUUAAAGAUUCAGAUCCAGAGAUUUUUGUAGAAAUGUAUGUUCCCAGCUGUGACAGUGACCCUCAAAUGACCAGCCGAUCCUCUGCUGAUCGAUGCUUUAUUUACGUCAACUCAAGACCAGUCAAUCUCAAAUAUAUAGAAAAGCUAUUGAAACAAUGUUAUGCCUCCUCACAUUCAUAUGAAGCAACACGUGUGCCUAUUUGCUGUGUGUCAAUUGUGCUGCCCUCUGGUGAGAUUGAUGUGAACCUUGACCCUAACAAAACACGAGUUCUGCUUCAUCAUCAGGUUUCUGUUGAAAAUGUUAUUCAAGCCCUCCUGGAGGAAAUUUAUGGACCAGCAGUACAGUCAAACAAUAAGCAAAACCCAAAGGCUGAUUCACCCACAUUACUUGAUCAGUUCUCAGAACAGAGUUUGAACUUAACUCUGACCAGUAAUGACCAACAUAAUGAUAGCAUUACAAAAAUUACUGCUGUAAAAAGUGCAGAGAUAUGUGAUAAACAGAUACCCGUAUUUAAGGUUACCAUGGAAACGACUGAUGGUGACCAAUCAGAAAGUGUUUUGGUAAAAGAUCAGGUGAUUGUAGACAAAAUUGAUAUUAGUUAUAGGAAAGAAUCUUUUCCUAUGGAUUGUGAUGAGCAUUCAAAUCAAAUUGUGAGAGGAAGUGACAUUUCAGAACUUGAAGUACCUUGUGUACCAACAAGAAUUAUAACACCACCUAUUGCUUGCAAUGAUAAACAAGAAAAAAUAACUAUGCUUUGUGGAGAUAAUGUGAAGAUACAGAAGGGAUGUUUUGAUAUUAUUGGAGACUGUUUCAAAGAUGUAUUAUCUGAUGAUGAACAUCUAUGUACAAUGAAGGAAGGUGAUCCUGAUUCACAAAUGAGGGAGGAUAAUCCUGGUUCACAAAUGAAGGGAGAUAAUUCUGAUUCGCAAAUGAAGGGAGAUAAUCCAAGUCUACAUCCAACAUCAUAUCAAGAGUCAUCUUCAGAUUUGUUUGAUGAUAGUUUAACAGACUUAAUGAUUAAUCUUGAUAAGAACACUGGAGAAGAAAUACCAGUUGUCAGUUCUGUCUCAAAACAAACAAAUAACAACAGCAAGUCAGAUGUGACACCUGGAGGUCAACUCUGGAGUAAAGGUCAAAUGUCAGUUGGCUCUGGCAGUGCUGUUUUACAGCCUGUGAUGUUACUGACAGCAGGGAAUUCAAAACGACCUUUAACCUCACCAACUGAACUUUCACCUCCCACUAAGAAGAGAAAUAUUGCUCUAGAGGAAGGCCAGCCCACUCUGUAUGACAUGGUGUCUGGUCAACCAGUACAGAGAGAUCAAACAAAGAAAGGAUACAGUGCCUUUGUCAAGAAAAACAGACCUCAUGUGGUAGCUGAAAUCCCUACAGCUAGCUUUGAUGAGGUGACAGAUAUUCUGAAUCAGCAGUGGGACAAAAUGUCCCCAGAAAGCCGCCAGAAAUAUGAUCAUGAGAGGCAUGAAUGUGAAUCACAAAGGGAAGAUAUUUCACCUAAAAAACCAGAAAAGAAUCUCGUAAAUAAAAUGAAGCUUAAAAGCAAACCAGUAAAGGCAGGUGUCAGCAUUAAAGAUCAGCUUUUGUUGGCAGCACAGAAAAGUAAAUCAAAAAGAGAAACUGUCAUUUCAUUUUCAAUGGAGAAUUUACGGAACAAUUUUUCCAGACAGUUGAAUGUCAGUCAGUUUCCAAAAACUCCUAAGUUGGACCUGAUUGGCCAUUUGAAGUCUUGUCGUACAUGGACAUGUUGCCUGGACGAGAAAAUCUGCAUUCUGAACUGCCAUCGAAUACAGGAAACAGUUUUGUAUCACCAGCUUAUGUCGGACCAUGUGCUGUCAGUCAUACCCCUGGAGCAGCCAAUCAGACUCACACCUCAGAAUGUUGGUGGGAAAAACCAGUGGGAGUGUCUCCUGUCGUUAGAUUCAAAUCGUUUUGCAGGUGACAUAUAUAGCUUUAUUACUGAUGAAAGGAUUGUUGACAACGGAUUUAAAGUUCGAUGGUACACAGAUAAAGAGAUGGAUACAUCACAAGCAGACGUUGUUGCCAUGACAACUUUCAUUCCAGUGUAUGGUAUUCCUGAUCUGGCAGAAGUCCUCGAGUUAAUUUCUACCAAUAGAGCCGAGACAGUGUCACAGUGUCGCCCUCUAAAAGUCCUUAACUAUCUACAGGGAGAAGCUGUAAGAAUGGCCAGGAAGUUACCACCUCUACAGAACAGAGAAGAGGUGCUCGACUUACAGGACCAAAUGUCCUCCAUUCUCCCUGAUGGCUGUCAAGUGUGUCUGCAUGACCGACCAUUUUGCCACCCAAUAUAUGACAUGGAUGAUUUACCACAGACUCAGUCAGGUGUGACACAAGAAGUAUUUUCUUGCUAA